AUGUUAUUGCCUUCAACUCCUACCACCGUUGUCGCAAACGCUAUCAAUCCCAUUAACACCAUUCCAAUAUUACCCGUGCCCGCUGAUUCAAGCAGUAAUACUAUGUCAACUCACGCCCUUUCGAAAGUAUCUUUCAUGCUAUAUAAGGAACUAACCAACGAUCUGAUCAACCUUUUGGAGGAAGAUGACGAACACAACGUAAUUAUCGAAGCGGGUGAGCCACCGAAUACACGGAAAUUCAAAGCUCAUUAUUAUAUGUUGAGAAUGCGAUCACCUUACUUCAAGCAGGCUCUCUCUAAUAGAUGGGCAAAACAGGAGAACGGUGUCUACAUCUUUAAGAAACCAAAUAUAAGUCCAGAUACUUUUGAUAUUAUCCUGAGAUACAUAUACACGUCAUUAAUUAAUGUGGAGGCUUUAAACGAAGGCGAAAUUGUAAAUAUCCUGGGAGCCGCUGAUGAAUUAUGUCUAAAUAAAUUAGUAGAAGUAUUGCAGGAAGAAUUAAUAGAUCGCAAACAUUCAUGGAUGAAUAAACAAUCGGUGUUGAUAUAUAACGCGAGUCAAAAGUAUCCAACAUGCACGAUGCUAUCGGAGAUUACGCAAGAAGCACUUUAUCAGCAACCAGAAUUAUUACUCGAGUCCGAAGAUUUCGCCGCUUUAGAAGUUGAAACUGUCAUCUGGUUGUUGAAACGUGACGAUCUUGGUAUGCCCGAAACAGAUCUUUGGAAGCGAUUGGUGGAAUGGGGGAUCGGUCAAUUACCGGUACCUUUAGAUCCAGAUGUAACAAAAUGGUGUGAUAGAGAUUUCAUGGAAUUGGAGGAAAAGCUACGACCAUGCAUUCCUUACAUCAGGUGGAAACAUAUUGCGGCGGCUGAUUUUAAAAAGCAAAUAGAAACCUAUAGGAGGUUACUGCCUCCUGAAUUAUGCGAGCUCGGCACUGAUAAAUCAUUAUUAUUUAAUUCCCCUCUUUAUUCUCAGGCACCUUCGAGAAUCCAGUCAGUACUCAUAGAUCCUAAUCAAGCGGCAAGAAUCGCUAGUUGGAUCGACAAGUUAGAUUUAGUCACGUAUUCUUCUGCGGAGGAAGGUGAUGCUGAAUCGAAAACCACAAAAUUUUAUGACCCAUGGAACAUACCGUAUCAUUUUAAAUUAGUGGUGAGAGGAAGUCGUAACGAAAAAUUUGGUCAACACACGCUGCUUUCAAAUCAAGCUGUCGUAAUAAUCCGACCCGAGAACAGUAAUGAAUUGUUGGGUGGUUAUAACCCAUUAAGUUGGAAUAAGAAAUCAAUCUCACCAAACAAGGAGCCACAAAACGCGGAAUUAUUGAAGGAUAGCUUUAUAUUUUCUCUGGGAGACGAUGUAAAUGGAAAGCAAGAUAUCAUUAGUAGGGUAAUCGAUGCCAAAGACUCAAUAUAUUGUAAUGUUUAUUGUUCUCCGGUAUUUGGUAAAGGCGACCUGUUUCCGAAAGGUCAUUUUGAGAUCAAGCAACCCUGUGGAUGCAAGCAGACUAGUUAUGAGAAAGCUCUACGGUCGACUUCGGAACAAUUUUAUAUAGAAGAGUUUGAGGACGUGAUUAAGUGGAUGAUGGGUCUAUCGUGUGAGACAUUUUAA